UUGUGGGGUUUUUUUUAAUUUUUUUGUUUUUAGUUUUUUCCAAGCCACCUUUUCUCCUCCUCCUAUCACUUGCUCUGCAUUUGCUUUGUGAAGCAAAAUAAAAAUAAAAUAAAAAGUUGCAGCAUCAAUCCUGGGUUGACAAGUCCUUUCAUUGAGGCAUGGUCACGCCAGCCCACAUGCACAGCUCCUCACUUCCUGCUCCCUGUUCCAUUCCCAGGCCACGUGCAGAAUUGCUUCAGUACUGGGACCCCAUGCUCAGUGUUGGGGGCUAAGAAGCAAACUUGCAUGUUUUGUUUCCAGCAGCACUGUCAUUUCUUCUGCAGUUCUGAACAAGUCAGAACUGUUCUGUCUCAGUUCCUUUCCCCCCUUCAAAAUACCACUAUCAUCCUCUUGUGAGGUGCAGGGACUGUGAAGGGGUCUGCACAACAAAGACAUAGCUCUGGUCCCAUCCUGUCUGAAAAAGUACUUAAAUCCUUCCAUUAACUGUAAAAGCGGAGUAGCUGUGCUGCGCUCCGACUGGCAAUGACCUGGGUCCUGGCUGGUAGGCUGGCUGUACUUCUGACAGUCCAUUGGCAUCUGUGAAAACUGGUUUGUUUUGUCCUGAUUUUAUGUGAAACACAAGGCAACGGGAUCUAGAAAACAAAUCUUCAUUUUCUAGAACGCUCCAAGUGGGUACAUUAGAAUUUGGCUAUUGAAACAGCUCUUUCUUGCAGUCAGGCCCUCCAUAUCUGGAAAGCAGCCCAAGCAGUAGCUUGGUGGCUCUGUCUCUCACCUCUGGCUGGGAUGGUACUGCAGGACUGACUCUGCCACAGCAGAAGAAUGUGAGGCUUCGGGCUUGCAAAGGUCUCUUUUUGUGGAUUACAAUUUCUUUGUGGAGAGAGUAAAGUUGAUGCCAUGCUGUCAUGACAGGUCAUUGAAGAGUGGCGGGUUAGACUGACGUGGGUUUCGCAGACCCCUUUAGAGCUCCCUUCCCCUGCACACCCACUGAGGCAAGAAAAUGCCUGGCCUUGCCCUGCAGUUUGUGUCCUGGGCCAGAACUAGUUUUGAUGUUUUCCCUGUUACACCCUGUCCAAAAGCAGCCUCCUAUUCCUGCAUCAGUAUGAUGCACCUUCCCCCUCUGUGGGGUGGGGCUGCUCCUUGCAGUCACUAGAUUUCAUCCAAGGGAGCGGCUCCUGCUCUGCUCACCCCUGUGAAACUUCACGCAGCUCCUUAGGAAUUGCCUUCCAGGGAGAUUCUGGCAUGCACCCUUCAUGCACAAUGGAAAACAGGUGCAAGAGGGAAAUUCUUAAAAGGAUGAGUUCUCAGGCUUUGAUGCCUUAUCACUGACGUGGCCAGAGCAACCAGAACCCCCUUCCAUCAGGAGAAAAUUCCCCUCCAUCUUGACAAAUCCUCCUAAUUCUGCAGUCUACUAGAUAAUUCUGAGCUGCUCAAAGCAGGCACAUUAGGAUCUUUUGAUCCCUGGUAUGCCUCUUGAAAUGCGGCCAGCCAAUCACAUCUACCAGUUUGGCUACAGCAGAAUUAGAGCAGAACAAGAGAAUUAGCAAAGCAAGAGUCACCUUCUUUACAAGUCACCUUCAGCCUCACUCAGUUGUGCUUGGUCUGCUCCAAGUGCCUCCAGUCAAGCUUUGCCAUGCCAAAAUGGGCUUUUGCUCAUUUAGGGUCACAUUUCUAGGAAGCCUAUGCACUCUCGACACUUACAACCCCUGAGCAAAGGAGCACUAACGGAACAUGGACUUCGUUUUUCAGAGACAAAUUAUUCCUGACCAGGCCAAUUGAAAAAAGAAAAAAAAAAAAGAGAGAGAGAGAGAGAAAAUAAUUGGUUUUUGAGGCACGCCACUGCCAAGCAGGUCACUGGCAGUGCAUAGCAGCAGCCUUGUGGGUAUGUUUUGUUCGUUAAAGAAGGACAAGUCCUGUUAGGGAUCUCAGGAGAGUAUCCCCACUCUCCAAGCCCAGCACGAUCCCUCUUGCUGUUCCCAUUUGGGAGUGUGCUAGCAAUCACAUGGAUCCAUCAUGUGAUCAGCAGGCUUUGGUCCUGCUGCCUGGCAAGGAGCCUGGGCUUUGGACACCUUCUGGGGAGAAUGGGGAGGUCACACCUCCUGAUACUCCACAGGUACUGAGGGCUUGUUAACAGCAAUGGCACCUGCAUGGACACAGACCCAGCCUGCCUCAACAAAUCUGUGUUGAUUUUCUAAUCUGGUGGCUGGAAUGGGGCUUAGAGGUGAGCAGGGCAGAGGUUCCUCUUCUUCUGCCCAGGGGAGGAGACUGUACCUUCCCAGAGCUGUACUCGCUAGAAAUGCUGCUUCCUAGAAGGCUCAUGCUCUGCCUGUGCCUGCAAAAACGAGGAUGGGGUCUGUAUUGUAAUACCAAUAUACCCUUGCACUGUUCCAUGUGCCAACACAGAAGGAAACCUCUACCCAGGGCACAGGUGAGUGCCAUGUAAACAGGUGACCUGGCUCAGCUGAAGGGUGCCUUGGGUGCCAGGAGGACAGGACUGACCCAACACAACUGCCCAGCCACAUUGUCCCCAGGCAGCAUCUGCCUGCUUUUCCCAGGUCCUGAGGGAGCUCCAAGUGAAGGGUGACCCGAUUUGUGACACACAUGUGAAAUGUCCUUCUGAGACAGGUGGGCAGAGAAAGCUGUAGAAGCCUGAGCAAUCCUUUACAUCCCCUCAUGCAGGCAUAUCCUGUGAUGUCUCCUCCAGACACACAAAAUCUGCCCUGCCCUGCCUGUGUGACAGCUGUACAGUUUGGCAUGUGGGUAGAAAGGGCCAGCUCCUCCCUGCAGAGGAGGUUUCUGUAGCACAGGAUCAUCCCCCCUGGGAAGGCAGGAGGUACCCACUGUCCAGGCCCUCUCUCAGCCUUGAUCAAAGGCGCUGUGACCCCAGAGCUUUGCUUUGCCUGGCUCUUGGGACAUUUCCUGCAAUAAGGGCCUCUGCUUCCUGCCCUGAAGCUCCUUUCCUAUGGCACCAACACAUCCACCAGUGAGAAAUGCUCUCCACUCCUUCCCACCUGGAAGUCUGGAGCCUGCUCUCCUCCAGCUUUCAACUUGCAUCCAUCCCUUACUGGCCAUCCCCUUCCUCAGCUUGGUGGCCUUUAACCAUAAGGGAUAAGACAGACGUUUGCCAAAAUCUCUUGAGCGCAUGAGUGGACCUGCAUCCCCAGUAGCUCCUCUGGGCAGCCCAGCUCUGUCCUACCCUGGCAGCUUGGCCAGCACAGGUGAAGGUGGCUCUCAUAAGUCCAUGGCAAAAGGGGCACUGCCAUGCCAGAGACAGCCCCAGGGCAGGCAGGGAGGCAUUGCCCCAUGGGUGGAGAAAAGAACUGAGGUGCCAUAGGUCCCUCUGCACCAGCUGGGCACCUGCUGCUUCUCCCUUUCCACAGCCUGCUCCCAGCCUCUGCAGUGCCCAUGGGCAGCAAGAGGACAUGGAGUAGGGCCAUGCAUCCAUGCAGGGAGCACUGGCAAGCUCCCAGGUGGGUCUCUGUCCCAGCAAGAGAGGGUGAAGCUGCUUCCCCAGGGCCAGCUCUGCUCAUCAGGGAGGGUUCAGCCAGCAGCAUUCCAGCUUUAAUGGGGAACAAAAGCCCUGUGGGGGCUGCAGGGGCUGAGUCACGCAGCAAGGAGGGUGUGGGGCUCCCUGCCAGUCACGGUUCUGUGGAGGAGUGGGCACGGGGGCUGCUGUGCCCCUUGGGAGGUGCAAAUCCUCCAGCAGGAAUAGAGAGGGGGAGAUGUCAUAGUUUCAUUUAGGACCAGACAAAGGUUAGGUAACUUGAAUUGAAGGUGCCACUGGGCUGUGGUUCCCAGGGAAAGCCACAGCCCUUCUCCAGCCUCUGCUGCUUCCAAGUUUGGGGUCAGGAAUGGCAUGGGAAUGUGCUGUGCCACAGCACCCUGCAGCAGAGAUGUCAUAGGGCCACAUGGAGGUGAUGGGGAGUGGUGGCAAGAUGAAUGAGCUGCUCCUGACAACUCCCAAGGUAAUACAGCAGUCAGAGCACAUUGAGGACGGGUUCCAGCUCCAGUCGUGCCAGACCUUCAUGGGAUGACACUGGGAGUAGGAGUGACGGCAAUGUGUUCUUGGUGUAAUACAUGACUGUUGGGCCCUGUCAUGAUGCAGGGGCUAGCUCUUAUAGACCUGAAGUUCAAAUUUUCCAGUGCCUAGCAGGUAAAGCCUCAGCAUGUGAAUCUGGGGCAGAACAAAUCAGGCACAUAUGGGAGCUCUGUGGGGAUUUCUCACCCCAGUUGGCAUCCACAGCACCAGAGUGGGCAAGGCUGAGGCAGGCCAUAGCUGGGACUGUGGUCACAAAGUUCAGUCCCAGCCCAGGACAAACAGACAAUGCAACUCUCCUGAUGGAUGUGGGCAGAGAACAGAAGGGCCUUUCUACCUCUGGAUGCCAAGACUGGAGAAAAAAAUGCCUUGAAUUAGGAAAAAUCAGGGAUAAUGUGGCCUCCUAAAUGGUAAGGAGCUGAGCCAGUUGGGAAGAGGGAGGCCAUGCUAUGGCCAUACCUGCUUGGUUGAGUACCACUGCCCAUAGUCAGGGACCCUGUGCCCAGACAGGUCUUAUCCAUGUUGGAUAAUUGGACAAAACAACAGGUACUUUGCUCUGCUGGGGCUGCUGUCAUGCAGUUUUCCAGGCUGCCUGACUUCACCUGAUGGCAGGUCCGGUUAAGACAAGUGGCUGAGACCCAGCUCCCUGAGCAGCCUUUGCAGGCAGGCAGAUGCCAGCUGGACUGUGAGCAGAGAGGGGUGGCUGAGUGGUCACCCUCCUCUGCCUCCCCAGACUCCGAAGGGUUAAGUGCCAGUUUCGAGUGUCUCUAAGGUGACACCAGGCUGCCUGCUCCGUGCAGCUCCCCGCAGCCCCCUCCCCACGCACACAGCACACACUCACGCUCACUUUCUGCUUUGUCUUUUGCGAGCUGCUGCAGUGCACAGGCACUUUACUCGCUGCCUACCUCUGCCUGCUGCUCCUGCUCGGCUGCUGCUGCUGGGGACGCUAAGGGACGUGCCUGGAGAGGGACCCUCGCAAGAAGGCAACCCAAGCUCUCUUCCGCUUACUGCAAGCAUCGCUAUCCCUGGACCGUGCUCUCUCCUAAGACCCCUUCUCCGGCGAGCGCUGUGUUUCCCACUCCCUCCCCGCUGCCCUCAGUGCCAGCACCUCCGAGGAGCAGCACCAGCGAUUCCGUGUUUCUCUCAGAUAUUCCUCCGCUUCGGAGUGGCAGGGCAGCAGAGACAGUGUAAGGCUGAGCUGCUGUGCCUGAGUUGCCCAAGCUACUAUUCAAGAGGCUGAUAAAUACCACUGCAAAAAGUUGGACGCUGCUUUUUCUCGUGCUUGUGCUUCCUCAAGGAGUUAAGCCUCGCUGGGAUUGUCCCACGGCCCUGGGGAGGCAAAGCAGAGCAGCACCGUGGGACUCUGUGGGGCAAGACCAGGCUGCCCAAGAAGUUUUGGAGGACUCCUCGCCUAGAGAGACACCUCACUUCACCAUGGCUGAAGGUCCUGGGAGCUGGAGAGACUUCUCCCCUGCCAGGAAUGAUGGUGAGGUGGCCAGGGGGGCCACAGCAAGUCUCCAAGGAGAAGUAGAUGCAGAGAGCACUGGGCAAGCACAGCGCUUGGGCCUCCACAGCAUGGAUCCAGCUUGGGAGGAGAUGAGAGGGGCAGUGGCCGUGGUAGAGGUGGAGGAGCAGUUCCUGCAAUUGGCCAUCAGAAAGCAAGCCUCUUACAGGAAAGCUAUUGCCAAAUCCAGCCUCCAGCACAUGAUAGCCCAGCCAAACCCUGCACUAGCCCUGAGGAGCGACUCGGAGAGGCAGAUACGCAACACUGUGGACUGGAGCGAGACUGCGAUAUAUGGGGAGCACAUCUGGUUUGAGACCAACGUCUCUGGGGACUUCUGCUAUGUUGGGGAGCAGAACUGCAUGGCAAAGCUGUUGCAAAAACCGCUCUCCAGGCGUAAGUGUGCAGCCUGCAAGAUUGUAGUGCAUACACCCUGCAUCGAACAGCUGGAGAAAAUAAAUUUCCGCUGCAAACCUUCCUUCAGGGAGUCAGGAUCCCGGAACAUACGGGAGCCCAUCGUUGUCCGGCAUCACUGGGUGCACCGGAGGCGGCAGGAAGGGAAAUGCCGGCAGUGUGGCAAGGGUUUUCAGCAGAAGUUUGCCUUCCACAGUAAAGAGAUUGUAGCCAUCAGCUGUUCCUGGUGCAAGCAAGCGUAUCACAGCAAAGUGUCAUGUUUCAUGCUGCAACACAUUGAAGAGCCCUGCUCGCUGGGGGCUCAUGCUGCUGUCGUCGUUCCUCCCACCUGGAUUCUGCGGGUCCGACGGCCCCAGAAUCCACUAAAAUCUAGUAAGAAGAAGAAGAGGACAUCAUUCAAGCGGAAAUCCAGCAAAAAGGGGGCCGAGGAAGGGAGGUGGAAACCCUUUGUCAUCAAACCCAUGCCAGCUCCUCUUAUGAAGCCCUUACUGGUGUUUGUGAACCCCAAGAGUGGUGGGAAUCAGGGAGCCAAGAUCAUCCAGUCCUUCAUGUGGUAUCUCAAUCCACGGCAAGUUUUUGACCUCAGCCAAGGUGGACCCAAGGAGGCGCUGGAGCUGUACCGCAAAGUCCACAACCUCCGGAUCCUGGCGUGUGGGGGAGACGGCACGGUGGGCUGGAUACUCUCCAUUCUGGACCAGUUACGGAUCAACCCACCUCCUCCUGUGGCCAUCCUACCUUUGGGAACAGGGAAUGACUUGGCCAGAACACUGAACUGGGGUGGGGGUUACACGGAUGAACCUCUGUCCAAGAUCCUGUCUCAUGUAGAAGAUGGGAACAUAGUGCAGCUCGAUCGCUGGAACCUCCAUGUGGAGCCAAACCCUGACACAAACCCCGAGGAAAAGGAUGAGGCAGCCACUGACAAGCUGCCUUUGGAUGUCUUUAAUAACUACUUCAGCCUUGGCUUUGAUGCACGGGUGACGCUGGAGUUUCAUGAAUCCCGAGAGGCCAACCCGGAGAAGUUCAACAGCCGGUUUCGGAAUAAAAUGUUCUAUGCUGGGACGGCCUUCUCUGACUUCCUCACUGGGAGCUCCAAGGACUUGGCAAAGCAUGUCAGGCUGGUUUGUGAUGGGACAGACCUGACCUCCAAGAUUCAGGACCUGAAGCCCCAGUGCCUGGUCUUCCUGAAUAUCCCAAGGUACUGUGCAGGCACCAUGCCCUGGGGCAACCCUGGAGAGCACCAUGACUUCGAACCUCAGCGCCAUGACGAUGGUUGCAUUGAAGUUAUUGGCUUCACCAUGACAUCCCUGGCUGCCUUGCAGGUCGGUGGCCAUGGGGAACGGCUCUGUCAGUGCCGGCAGGUGGUUCUCACCACAUCCAAGGCCAUCCCUAUGCAGGUGGAUGGAGAACCCUGCAAGCUGGCAGCUUCCUGCAUCCACAUCUCCCUGCGCAACCAAGCAAACAUGGUGCAGAAGACCAAGCGGCGCAACUCCAUGCCUCUGCUCAAUGACCAGCAGCCAGUGCCCGAGCGGCUGCGGAUCCGGGUGAGCCGAAUCAGCAUGCGCGACUAUGAGGCGCUGAACUAUGACAAGGAAAAGCUCAAGGAAGCCUCUGUGCCCCUGGGGAUCAUCGUGGUUCCAGGAGACAGUGACCUGGAGUUGUGCCGGACCCAAAUCGAGAAGCUGCAGGAGGAGGGAGAUGGAGCCAAGCCAAAGACACUGUCAUUCCAGAAGCUUUCACCCAAGUGGUGCUUCCUGGACUCAACCACAGCAAAUCGGUUCUACAGGAUAGACCGUGCACAGGAGCACCUGAAUUAUGUGACAGAGAUCUCUCAGGAUGAGCUCUAUGUGUUGGACCCAGAGCUAGUGAUCACCCAGACUGUGAGCACCUCUCCUGCCAUGCCCGACCUCGUGGACUCAUCUGCCACACCCCCUGGGCACCACUUUGCAUUCCCUUCCUCUUCCUCCUCUCCACCCUCUUCUCCUGCCCCCAGCGCUGAGCCUGAGCACUGCCUCCCACACAGAGAUGAUCUUCUAAUAGAAGCUGCCAAGGGUGGCAACUUCAGCAAGUUCCAAGAGCUGCAUCGAGCUGGAAGAGACCUGAUGGUGCGAGACUCCUCAGGCCAGACUGUCCUCCACCAUGCCGUCAAAUCAGGGAGCAAGGACAUCGUCAGAUACAUCAUCGAGAACGCCCCUUCAGAAAUCCUUGAUGCCACAGAGGAGGAGAACGGUGAAACCAGCUUGCACCAGGCUGCAGCCUUACGCCAGCGCACUAUCUGCCACUACAUCGUGGAGGCCGGGGCUUCGCUCAUGAAGACAGACCUGCAGGGAGACACCCCAAAGCACCGUGCUGAGAAAGCCAAUGACCCUGACUUAGCUGCCUACCUCGAGAACCGACAGCACUACCAGAUGAUCCAGCGGGAGGACCAGGAGACAGCUGUGUAGUGCUUGGCGUGCCUUAGCCCAAGCCAGCUUGGGUAGGACAAGAGGACAAUGCCAACUGACAGAGCUAUGAGUCUGGCCCAACCCUCCCUAGAUGUCAACCUGGUCCUUGGAGAUGGAUACAGCAGAGUUCUGCCCCAGGCUGGACUGGGACUCUGUUUAUGAGGACAGUGGGUAUUUCGGACUUGAAGCCUGAUUCUUUGUGCAUCCACUCCUUCACCUCUCAUUCACCACAUUCCCUGCCCUAGAUGGGCUCUAUCCCCUGGCCAUAUUGAGGCAAGCCAGGCUGAAACCCCCAGUCACUCUUGUGCACGGGAGUAAUGCCAGUGCCCCCUCUGCAGGCUCCUGCCUAUGAUCCUUGUGGGAUAUCAUUCCUCAGCCCCUCUCUCUGCUGGCAGUGCCCCUCUUUUAGGUGCUUGGCUACGUUCAGGUCCUGUUCCUCCUCUCCUGUCUGGCACAGCUGCAGGAGGCACAGGUUCUGCAGGCAGACAGCAGAGGCCAUGAGCCUCAGACUUUGCCACAAGGGAAGCAGCACAACUUGCUGCCCCUGCCUCUUCUGGCUCAGGGUAUGGACGGCACAGAGGAAGGCUACCAAGCCGUCCCACCAUCCUUCCCUCCACAGGGCUGGGUGGGACAGCUCGCACACCCAGUGUCUGCUGGGCAUCUCUCUGUGAGCCUACUGCAGCAUGUAGCCAUGGUGGAGAGCUACUUGACCCUGAGUAGUGCCUGUGGUGAAGCCUGUUAUAUUUCCCAAAUGCUGACUUGGAUUCAGCUUCCCUCCCUGGUUUAGUUUCCCCUUCAAUGCUAGUCUGUGCAUGGGGCUGGAGGAUCAAUGCUGGGGUCAGUGCUGCUCUCAGGGAUUCCCCCCCAUGUCCCUCAACCUGGCAACAUGCAUCUUCUGAGUCCAAGUCCUGCCAUUCCCUAAACUGGGCACAGGACUUUGCAGGGAAAACUUCAGAGCUCACCCAGCCAAGGCACAAAGUCCCUGGGCAGGCCACCAGCUCACUGUCUCCAGUUUUUUCUCCAGAACAAGGAACCUGGGAAGCAUAUGGGCUCCCAGCCCUGAGUCGCGCCUGCAGGGGGGCCUGCCAUGGAGCAUGAGGCACCACAACCCAUCUCCCCUGCAGUGGACACUUGAUGCAGAGGCAUCAAGCCAGCCUUUCAGCAAGGCUUUUAGAGAACUGGCAUUCUCUGAGACCAGGAGGUACCAGCAGAGGAGGAAAGCUAUUAGCUCUGGGCCUGGCAAACCUGCUUGGCACUUUCAGGUGGGCAGCGAAGUGGGUUGCUGUUCACAGCUUGGAUUCUGGGAAAGGAUACUGCUGCUGCCGCGUGGGGUCUGUACAGUCCCUCUGCACUUACACCCAGCUGCGCCCACUGGGUAGUGCCAGAUGGCACCAUUUGAAUCUCCUAAUACCAAUACCAAAAAAAGGUGAUUAUACCACAGAGAACCAGAAUACUCUUCAGGUUUUUUGGCCAGGAGAGUUCCCUUUGAGGAUGGGGGAUACUGUAGUGGGGAACAGAGGCAGAGGGCAGUGCAGAGUGGCAGGGGCUAGUGGCACUGGCAGUUAAUAAUGUUUGCAUCUUAAUGCAUUCAGAGUUGGGAUGCAGGCCAGUGACAAAAAAGGCACUGUCACCUUCUCAGAGGUCCACACUACUGCUCUCCCAGAUGGGACACCCAGCUUGGCCCAGAGGCAUCUACAGCGCCAGCUUCUCCCUUUCUCCCUUAUAGUUUUUGUACAGGUAGUUGAGAGACACACUGUCCCCCUCCCCACCUGGCCCCUCCGUGCAUGCGUGAGCUGAGUUGCUGUGCAAUUCCAAGCCUGCUGGUAUUUUGAAGACGGAGGGGGCGUUGGUUGCCCUGCUCACUGAGGGCAGGAGUUCUGUGCAAUACCUGGGUCUGUGUUUCCUAGAUGCUGUUGUAGGAUUGUAUUUUUGUAACUCCGUGAGGAUGCUGGCUCCAGCAGGUCCAGGGCCUGGCACAAGCCUGUGUUCCCAUUGCUUUUCAACUUUGACUGUUUGGAUGUUGUUGUUUCUUGCCAUUGAAAUAAAGAGAUUGAUGUUUUAGUUCCCA